AUGGUGUCUUCAUCCCGACCGCGCACUCCGAGUGCGAGCCAGUCUCCUGAACCGCUGAACGCGAAAGAGAACCCUCCUCCCCGUCGCUCCUCCCUCGGCUUGCUCCUGCGCAGAUCCAAAUCGACCGAACUCAAAGCACCCACGAAGAAGCAGCAGGCCAUCGCCCGCGAGCUGGAGCUCGAGAGACAUCGCCGACAGGUACCUAACAUCCCCAAAUCACCUCCAAGACUCCCCGACCUCUACAACGGCCAGAAGCCCGCAAACCUGCCAUUCGGCACCGAGGAUCGUCCCGAUUCGGUAGCCAUCGUAUCAAACAGAGCAACUGGAUAUAUAGACGGUCGGGCCUCGAUGGAGCCACCACGUUCAACUUUUGCUAUUGGUACCGCCGUCCCACUCCCCCCCGUCCCCACCAGCGGAAGUCGAAAUGGCGACUGGGUAGACCCUUAUGCACGCACGGAGAGCAUGACCCAUCGUGGCAGAUAUAGCUACGCAAGUAGUGCCAUUAGCACCAUCAGCAGUCCGCGGCGACUCAGGAGACGGAAGGACCCGACACCGUUUAACAUCCUCAUUAUCGGCGCUCGUUCAUCCGGAAAAACGUCGUUUCUCGAGUUCCUCAAGACCUCGCUAGCCCUCCCACCAAAGAAGAGAUUCAAUCGACCUCAAGAACUCGCCGAAGACAUAUUCGCCCCGAAAAACAAGAAGACGGGCAACUUCCAAUCGCAGUACCUGGAGACGGAGAUCGAUGGCGAACGCAUUGGCCUUACGAUAUGGGACUCUGAAGGCUUGGAAAAGAAUGUCGUUGAUCUGCAACUCCGAGAGAUGUCCUCAUUCCUGGAGAGCAAAUUCGAAGAGACCUUCACUGAGGAGAUGAAGGUUGUCCGAGCACCUGGUGUACAAGACACCCAUAUUCACUGUACUUUCCUCCUUCUCGACCCACUUCGUCUCGAUAGAAACAUUGCCGCCUCCAAGGAUGCAUCUGCGGAUGGCAAUGGUUCCUCCACGAACGGGAAGUAUAGCUCGUCUCCACGCCCCGUCGGCGGCCUCGACGAGGACCUCGAUCUUCAAGUUUUGCGCUCGCUACAAGGCAAGACGACGGUCAUCCCUAUCAUCUCCAAGGCGGAUACCAUCACCACAGCGCACAUGACUCACCUCAAGAAGACGGUCUGGGACAGCUUGCGCAAGGCGAAUCUCGACCCCCUUGAAGCCCUGGGCGUUGACGACCUCGACCCUGAUAGUCCGACGAGGGACACCAACCGCAUCGAUGAAGCCGAUGAGGAGGCGGAUUUCGACGACGACGACGACGAACUCAUCAUUCAGAAUCACGAGGCCAAAUCUCCUCCGAAUUCGAAGCGAGUGUCUUCGAGUUCCGGCCGCCGUCACAACGAAUCCGAGUCAGAUGAGAUUCCGUACCUUCCCCUCUCGAUCAUCAGCCCCGACAUCUACGAACCCGACGUCAUCGGCAGGAAAUUCCCUUGGGGAUUUGCAGACCCAUUGAACGUCGAGCAUUGCGAUUUUGUGAGACUCAAGGAUGCAGUCUUCAACGAGUGGCGCGGCGAGUUGCGAGAAGCAAGCCGAGAGCUCUGGUACGAAGGAUGGAGAACCAGCAGACUUAAGCAUCGUGAGGUCAAGCGAUGA